AAAAAUAAAAAAAAAAAAAAACGGGGCGCUUGCCUAUGCGGUGAACUUUUAUUUUUUCACUUAAUAAAAACCACACAAAAAGAAAUUCUUUUUUACAAAUUAUAAAAGUGUUAUUUUAGAAAUAAGUAAACACUCUUCAAAUAAAAGAGUUUAAACUUGCAAUUUGAGAGAAUUAAAAAAAAUCCCAGCAAAAAAAGAUUAAAAGUCAAUUUUUGCAAUCAAAGAUUUGUCCCAUAGCCAAAUGUGUUAUGUUAAUAGCGUUUCUAUCUGUUUUACUAUUAUUAAAAAAUACUUUUAGUUUUUAUUUUAACAACAAACAAAACAAUCAUUCUGAUAAUUCUUCAUUUAAGAAUAAAGAUAAACCACAAGCAAAUAAAAUGAGUAGCUUUUUAACAAAAUCUAGCAGCGAUAUUCUCUCCUCGAAUGUUAUUGUAUUCAAAACGGGUGACAAACAACAUUGCUAUGAAAUUAACGAACCAAAUGUGACGAUUGUCGGAAGCGCCGGCAGUCAUGAUCAUGGCAGUUCCAAAGUUAAACUCAAAAAUAUUGUCGAUUACAAAUGGGAGACAAAGAAUUACCCUGGACAUUUGAUAGCGGUUCAUAUUGAUGGGAAGCACAUAGCCUAUGUUAUCAAUGUGAACAAUAAAAUCUCAAGAACUGAAGGCAUGGUACGCGUUGUAAACGCAACCACUGGCCUUCGAGCCUUGAUAAAAGGAAUGUCUGGCGAAGUAUUGGAUUUGCAAUUUGCUCACAUCGAGAAUGAACGAAUCUUGGCUUCGAUAGAUGCAAGUUCUUUGUAUGUCCAUAAAAUUGAUAUGAUUAGCGAAACUUUGGUCUGCAAUCUGCUCAUCAAAAUUGAAGAUCCUUUAACUAAUUACACUCCAAAGUAUGAUAAGAUUUCAUGGUGUCCGUAUGUGGAUUGUUCGAGUGAUGAUGACGAAGAGAGCAAUCAGUUGAUUGUUUGGGCCAGAGGAAGCAUUUAUCAGUGUUUCAAUGUGAAUACUAUUAAUGUUAAUUAUGGGCAGAUUGGCAAAUUUUGUCCAACUGAUAUUGCCACCGGUUAUCUUAAAUUCUAUGAGCCAACUUUAGUCAUAACCUGGGUUGCUCUAUCACCCGAUGGUACCACACUCGGAGUUGGCGGUGAAGAUGGUAUUAUCCGUUUCUAUCAGAUUUGGUCGCAGGUGUAUUUCCAUGAAAAAGAACCAAGAUGCUUGCAUCAAUGGAAGCCCCACGGUGGCAGACCAGUAUCUUCGUUUUUCUUUUUAGAUAACUUGACUAAAACAUCAGCAGAUUCAUAUUGGAAAUAUGCCUUAACCGGUGCCGAUGAUAAUACAGAAUUUAAAAUUUGGGACUGUGGCACUUGGGAAUGUCUGCAAACAAUCAAUAUCAAAACCAGCGAAGAUAAAAAACUUAAAUUCAUUGCUGAGAUCGAUAGAACAUCUUCGUAUUUAGUUAUAUCAAAUUUAGACACUCGAGUUAUGUAUGUCCUUCAGAUUAUAACUGCUCCAGAUGGUACACCAUCAAUUGACAUGAAUGCAUUAUCAUCAGCUGGUGGUGGUUCAUUAAAUAACACUGUUACAAUCAAUAGUAAUGACCAAAUCAAGAAAAAAGCCGUCGGUGUUUGUGUAAAGAGUGUUUCGGAAUUUCCAUUAUCAUCACCCAUACUCAGUUUUUCAAUUGUUGAUGCAGCUGUUCGUCGUUAUAAAUGUGCAAAUGACAAUUAUUUGUGCGAUGAAAUGGAUGACUAUGAUGAGGAGACAAAUUCGAUUUAUUGUGUUGUUGUUCGAAUGUUUAUUGUCCAACCGAAGAGCGUACAAGAGUGUCAUAUACUCUAUCAGCCAACUGUGGAUGAGAAUACCGAUGUUAAAAGCAGUAUUUCCAAUGAUAGUACAAAGGAAUUUAUAGAAAAUUCGAGCGAAAAAUCAAAUGACAAAGACUUAGAUAAUGUGGCUGUGCAAACAAUGACUGGAACUAGUGAUAAGGGUCCUUUAGAUGCUCUAUUCGAACGAGUAUCUAAUGCUCAGACAAAUGUGGUGGGCGUUGACAAGACUGAUUCUCCAAACCCGUCGCCACAUUUGUCAACUAGUAGCCAUAAGAGUUUCCAACAGGUUAAUUUGAUGACACCAGAUGCAUUUAGUUCUUCAUCUAUUGGAAAGAAAAGUCCGGAAAUCGUAAGCUCUGAAGUUUUGAAUACAAUUCUUAUGUUGGCAAGUGUCACUGGGUCGAAUACAUCUGCCAAUAAACCUGACAACAUGAACUUAUUGAAUUUAAGAAAUAAUAAAAUAAUAGAAGAUCAAGAGCAACAAAAAAUUAAGCAGUCUAUGGAAACUCACAAGAAGUUCAUGGCAAUUGAAAACAGUUCAAAUCGCAAUAAUAUAGAUAACUUAACAAGCGGCAAUUCCAGUCCUAGCCGUGAAGUUCAAGAAAUUAUGUCAUUGCAAGAUUACGACUGCAGAAAGAAUUCAUAUAGUGGCGAUGAAACAGAUCAGGGUAAACCUAAAAAUGGUCCAUCUACAAAUGUUAUUAAUAAAUUACCAGAAAAUCAAAAUGAACCUGAAAAGAAAAUUCCACCUCAAACUUCAUCAAUCACCAGCAUUUGGCCAAAAGUUCCAGAUGUACGCACAGUCAAGAAACACUCGACAGAACUUCAAAAUUCCGAAAAUUUAAUAACAACUUCAGAGCCAAAUAAUGAUUUGAGCGAUAUUAAUAUGAAAAUGAGUAAAAUUUUAGAUUUAGUGCAAAAACAAUCUGUGCAAAUCAAAAUUCUGCAGAACGAAAUCAACGAACUGAAGGAAGGCAAUGCCACUAACACCUACAAAGAUAUGAAAGAUUUUUCAUUCAAAGUUGAAAUGCAGUUAUCCAAGCUGAUGGAAUCGUAUUUGAAACGUUAUGAAAAUGAACACAAAAAGAAACUUAGUGCGUUCUUAGCUGGAAAGGAAGCCCAAAAUCGUGAACUUCGGGACACAUUUGUGCAGCUUAUCAAUCAAUUUACCCUUACCCGUUUGACCGAAGUAAUUUCAAAAGUUAUCACUAUUGAAAUUCAAAGACAGAUUAUGCCUAUGUUGGCGGCAAAAAUUGAUGGAUUACAACAACAAAUCCAAAUGGAUGUAGCGAAUAAGUUGGCUGCCUUUGAUAUGAUGUUAAAGGAUAACAUAGCACACGUUUGUAAGAGUAAGAAUAUAAUUGAUGCAUUUGGAAAAUCGGUAUUAGUUGGUGUUCAAGGAAGUCUUCAAAGUGCAUUUGUUGAAUCAAUGUCGAGCACAUUAAUACCAGCCUAUGAGAAAUCCUCACAAAAUAUGUUUAAACAAUUGCAUGAGGCUUUUUCUGUGGGUAUCAAAGAAUUUAUGGAACAAUUUGAUAAUUAUUUAUCACAUCUCCAACCAAUGCAAGACUCGACUGAAGAAAUUCUUAAUAAAUUCUCUGGAUUUAGACAACAUUUAGAUUCAAUAUUAAUAAAACAUCGAAAUACUGUACAAGAAUCAAUGUUGGAUACUAAAAAAGAUGUUAAACAUAUGGAAAUAUUGCUGACGAGACAAAUAGCAGAAGUUGUUAGAACUGAAGUACGAAAAGGUUUUGAAUCUCAAACUGCUACCCUACGGUCACAGGCUACAACACCAGCUCCAUCAAUCUAUGACAUUAAAGAUCAGAUAAAACUCCUUCUUAGCACGGGUCAGAUAAACAAAGCUUUCCAUCAAGCCCUUCUAGCCAACGAUUUGUCACUGGUUGAAUUUACACUCCAGCGAGCAGAUCACAAUGCAGUAUUUCAUCCUUGUUGUCUUGAGCAAAAGGUUUUACUUUCUCUCAUUCAACAAAUAUCAGCAGACAUGAGUAAUCAUAAUGAAGUUAAGCAAAAUUAUUUAGCAGAUGCAAUUUUAAGUAUAAAUCCAAACGAUCCAAUUACUCGAGAACAUGCCCCCAAAGUAAUGCAAGAACUAUAUCGUAAUUGCCAAGCAUUCCUGCUCACCCAAACCAAGAACCCUCAAUGUAGUAAUGUUCGUAUGCUGAUGAAGGCAAUCCAGGGAUUGAGCGCUGAAAAAUCCUACUGAUAGCAAGAUGAUGACAUCAAAAUUACUAUAACUAAAAAAUUGAAAUAUUUUAUUUUACUUUUUAUUCAAAAUUGACGAAGAAUAAUUAUUAUUUUCCAUAGAAUUCAUUUAAUUAUUUUGUUUUU